AUUAAAAUCAAGACAAUAAAUUUGACUUUACUUUUAUUUUAUUUUAUUUUUAUUGGAAUUAUAAAAUAUACCGGGCUAGCUGUGUAUAGACGCUACCUACGUAAUUGUUGAUUAAUCCUUACCGAGCCAUCCAGCGUUACGUUUUGUGUAAGUCGGCUGAUUCCGCCGAAUCGGAUACCCCAUCAUCAUGCCAAUCCGAGUUUCUCCUCUCGCCGAGGCAGACAUCCCAGGCGCUGUGUCCGCCAUCCAAAAAGCCUUUGCGGACGAUCCAUACAACAAUUGGGUCUUUGAAAAAUCUACGUUCAACCGGCAACGCAAUGCAGCCUCUCUUAGUAUUCGGUGCCGAUGGGGUAUGCGCAACGGCAUCUUCCACGUCGCGAAGGAAGAGGGCAGCGAUGAGGUACUUGGAGUCGCUUGCUGGUUGAGGCCACAAAGGGCAGGCCAGCCACCAACCUGGUCCGACUGGAUCGAAGACUGGCGGUUGUGGUUCAGCCAGGUCGGGAUGAACCUCUACUACGGCCGAGGCGGUCUCAAUGUUAAGCGUUAUUACAUAUGGAAAGAGGCUCAAGCCAAAGCACAGUCCUCCGUCUGGACGGAUUCACGAGGCUACUAUUUUCUCAACAUCAUGGUUGUGCUACCCAAAGCCCAGAAUAAAGGGAUAGGCCGACUCAUGAUGAAAGCUGUAACCGACCAGGCCGACGCUGCGGGUAUGAAUUGCUACCUCGAGUCCAGCCGGGACGUUCCCAACAUGCAAAUCUAUGGCCGCCUCGGGUUCAAGUUUGUGAAGGAGCUAGAAUGCGACGACGACGGCACAGCUAUAAAGCUCUACGCUAUGGUCAGAGAACCCAGUGCCAAGCCGCAGACAAAUUGACCAUACCAUUUCGCGCGUACUUCGUUUGUAGAAUCCGAGCGCAACUAGAUCACAGCGGGCGUGGGUUCCGCACAAGUCCGCACGAGUCCGCAGAGCUGGAAAUUGAUGCCGUUAAUAUCUAUGUGGACGUUAAUUACCUACCUAGCCUUAUGUAGGCCAAUCAUCCAUCCACAUGAGGUGAGUUAACGCAGUAAAAAUAGAACGAAAAGAACUUCUACCCACCACUAGCGAAGUUGUCUAUCAUCCUUGGCUUCCCGCACCCACAUGAAUUGCUUGGUCGGGGUCGGCAAUGCUCUCAGAUCAAGACUUCACCUAAUUCUCUUUUUACAUACGCAAAGUCAUUUAUGGUCAUACACAAAUGCAUUAUGCAUAGCCGAGGUCAACUAGAGACAGCAAAGCUAAGCAUGUGGUAAAGAAUCCGGGAGGACCUGUUACGACAAUAGGGUGCUACAUAGGUUAGGUAGUCUUUCGAGCGUAGCUAUUAGAGAAUAUAUAGCCGAUUGAGCUUA